AUGGUGCAGCUCGUCAAGGAAAAGCCAGAUUGGAACGGUGAUCAGUUUAGGUUCAUGACUGGAAUGUACUUGUCCGCUGUCACCAAUGUGUAUGGAGCUGAGGCCAUUCAAACCUACUCCCAUAUAUUACAUCACCAUGUUGGGGAGGUAGUUGAUGAGUACGGAAGCAUUGCUAUCUUCUGUAUGCUAUCACUUGAGUCGUUGCACCUUGUGACCAAGUGCUUUGUUGAUAGGUGCACCAACAAAACCAGGCAUGGCAAUAUCGCUCUAUCAAAGACAGUGAUCAAUGAUUCACUUGUGGAGAAGAGGCUUAUGUACAAUGAGGAUUUGAAGAACGAAAUCAAUAGGUACUUGAAGUUUGACUUGCCCGAUCUCAUGGAACAGAUGCGCAGAUGGGACAGCAAGUAUAGUGUUGGUCAAGAUGUGGAUGUGUGCACUGCAUCAGGAUUGACUGCGACUGAUAACCUGAAGUACGGCCAUUUGUCAUUUGGUUGGUUUCCAGCAACGAUACAAUCAUACAGUACCGCUACUGACCUCUAUGAGGUAAAGUACAAGUAA